UCGAUGAGGCGCGUGUUGAGGAAAGGAUCCCCCCGAAUUGUUAGCGGCAACAGAAACUCGCAGGUAAACGGCUGGAGGCGUUUUUCCGUAUCCUCUAGAAUUGCCUCGUGUCUUUGUGUGCCAGCACUGAGCGUCAAGGACUUGCCUGUUGUGGGAGCUGUGCUGAGGGAAUCUAAAGCGUUUGCCUUCCUCCAGUCCUUAGUUCAGAGGCUGGGGUUGUUACUGGCGGUAUUGCAGAGGUUGGUGAAGGCUCGGGGUUUUCCUCUUUUGUUUUCUGACGUGUUUGAGGCAGGGAAAGAGAACGUUUUGCUUCUGGUGUUGGUUGAUUUGGAGGUGAAAGCGGGAUGGCAGGGGGAACAGCGGGAGAGUGCCGUAGAAAUAACAGCGCUGUUAGUGCAGUGCUAAAACUUGGGAAGAUUACAUAGAAGUCUAAGUUACUAGUCUGGUCAGUUGCACGGAACGUUUCUGACCUUAGAACAAAUUUAAACAGACCAACUGAAAACAAGGUUUGAAAAGCAUCAGGAGAGAAGUCAGGAAACAGGUUUCACAAAAGCAGUAGAGCUUAACUUGACGGAUUUUGAUCUAGCGUAGCUUGAAAUGAAUGUAGGAAUAUAUGGAAUAAGAGGCACUCCAGACUUCAUAACAGAACAGACUCGGGCAGUCUGCUCACCUAUUGAGUGCUUCUGUUGGAGAAAAAGGCAGUCCCAAGGACUCAUUGUGCUAAGGUUAGUUUCAAGUUUACGCUUUGAAAUAGAAGCAUAUUUCUACAUCCGUAAUAAAAUCUUAAGGUUUGCUCUAAAGCAUUUGCUGUUUAUGUAACCAUAUAAAUGGUCAGUGGUAUAUUAGCCCAUAUACAAGACUUGACAUUUCUAUGGCAUAUUUAGGGCAGCUAAGAAAUACUAGUGGCCUAAAGCAAUCCCCAGUGAAGCAGGCAGCAUUUCUUUGACCCAGUUGAGGCUAAUGUGCCUUUUGAGGGAAGAGAUUGGAUUUGUUUUGCUUAAGUUCAUCAAAAGGUCUCUGGAAUGGGAAGCAUUUCUUCCCAAGUCCUUGGAAACUGCUGGUGAGCUGAAGAAGCCCACGCACGUGACAGUGAACUGCUGGUUCUGCAAUCAGGACACGGUAGUGCCAUAUGGGAAUCGCAACUGCUGGGAUUGCCCCAACUGUGAGCAGUACAAUGGAUUCCAAGAGAAUGGAGACUACAACAAGCCCAUCCCUGCUCAGUACAUGGAACACCUUAACCAUGUUGUGUCGGGCAGUACAACUUUCUGUGAUCCUACCAAACCGCAACAGUGGGUGAGCAGCCAAAUUCUGCUUUGCAAGAAAUGCAACAACCAUCAAACCACAAAGAUCAAACAGCUGGCUUCAUUCUCACCAAGGGAGGAGGGCAAAUAUGAUGAGGAGAUUGAGGUGUAUAAGCACCAUCUGGAGCAGACCUACAAGCUGUGCCGUCCAUGCCAGGCUGCUGUGGAGUAUUACAUAAAACACCAGAAUCGGCAGCUCCGGGCACUGCUACUCAGCCACCAUUUCAAACGCCGUGAGACAGACAAGACCUAUGCUCAGAAUUUAUGUUCAUCCUCCUCUUCUGCUUCCAUAACCACACCAGCUCAGGUGAUAUUUCUGCGGUUCUUGGCCUUCCUCAGCUGUGUGUUCCUGGUUCUGAUGGCCUUGUAUGGGUCAGGCGACCCCUUCUCACUCAGUGCAGCUGUCCCUGCUCCUGUCUCCUCUGAUCCAGCAUCCAUUCGGAACAGGACUGGUACAAGCUCACAUGCAGACUUGGAAAAUGACACUUCCGUGACGGUGGCAGGCUGGCGGGAGCUGCUCCGCCUGCUCCCAGAACAGAUGGUGGAGAACCUGAGUGCCGCAUGGGCUUACGGGAAGAAUCACCAGAUAGCAGUCGCUGUCCUCGGGCUGUUCACCUGCCUGUUGGCCAUGUUCUUAGCUGGGCGGAUCAGGCUCCGGAGAAUUGAUGCGUUUGCUUCAGUCUUGUGGUUCGUAGUGAUGAGUCUGCAUUUAGCUGAGAGGUAUCUGAAGAUGGAAACACCCAACUGGCUAGACACAGCCAAAUUUGGCACCACAUCCUUGUGCUGCUUGGUAGGCUUCACCGCAGCAGUGGCCACGCGGAAAUCUACGGGCCAUCGGAGAUACCGGCCCCGAAGGUACCUUUCUGGGGAUUCGAUAACUCUCUUUCCCAGCGGCACUGGGACUGGCUUCCCUUCGCCUGCCACAUCUCUCUUUGUCCCAACACCACCCAGUAUUCUCCAGCUGACAAACCAACAGCUCUUCAGAUCCCCACGCAGAACUUCUUCUUCCUCUCUUCCUGGUCGUCUCAACAGGGCACUCUCACUGGGUACCAUCCCCUCCUUGGCCAGAGCAGAUUCUGGCUACUUGUUCAGCGGAAGUCGACCAGCGUCACAGUCAUCUCAGUCCAAGGAAUCUCCUACAUCAGAGCACUUCUCCGUGCUGUCAGGCAGCUGUGCUCCCUCCCGCAUCCCCUCUCCAGCACCAUCGGUGGCUGGCUCUGUGACUUCCAGCUCAGGUUCCUUGCGGUACCGCCGGCCACUCAUCAGCCCUGCCCGCCUGAACCUGAAAGGACAGAAGCUGCUGCUUUUCCCAUCUCAGAAUGAGGCUCUGCUCACCCCAACUAGCUCAGAGGAGCACACCCACUCAGACAGCAACAUCUUUGCCACCGAGAUGUCCUCCUUUCCAAAGAAGAAACUCAGUGAGUGGGGAAUGCAUGUUAUGAGAUCUGCUAUGGAAGGAGGGAGUAUUUGCAGUGAUAAUUCCAUCAAAAAGGAGGAUCACUCAUCACACUCAUCUACGUGUGUGGUGGACACAACUACCAAAGGGGAAGAUUUGGCAGGCUGGAGAGGUCAUUUUGGUAACUCCGCUCUCCGAGGUCUGCUAGCCGUGAGUCUGACUCUCAAUGCUGUCUUCACAUCAGCCUAUGUCUACCGGAGCCUGCGCUGAUUUGUGCCAACACUCCCGUUCUUUCUGGUUCCACCUGCUUCUGAGGAGACGAGAAGAAUUCAACCACGGCUUCAUGUCUAAUGGCCGUGCCAUUGGUGCAUGCUGUUUUUUAAAAAACUACUGUAUGCUCAACUGUCAUGACGAGGAACCCAGGUAGCUGCUGCCAUCACUUCCAGGUAGAAGAUAUCACAAGAUUGUCCCUGGAGGUGGCAGGCAGAAUUCCCAAAAAGCUCCAGUUCAAAGCAAGAGGCCAGUCAAAUGGCCCAUGUGCUUUCUUUCAAAGGAACUGACCUGAGACACAAGCCUGAAAAUGUGUAAGCUACGUUUUUAGGAACCUGUCCCCAGCUCUUCUUUCUGACAUAUUAACCUCGUGUUGGUGGUGCUGGUAAAAUGAAGAGAAUUAGAACAAAGGAGCUGGAGAAGAGGGGUGGCUUAGUAGCUGGUGCUGGGCUUUGGCUACUGUAACAGCAUUCCCAGCCUCUUUGCCCAGUGGUUCCUCUUAUCUCUUCCCUUUGGCACUCUCCUCUAAAUUAUCAGUGAAUUUUCUUUAGUUGCCUUAAGCUUGCCUAAGCACAUGGGUGACCUUGGCUGCUCUGUCAUAUUCUUGCAUCUUAUAUGUCUGUGUGCUUCCACCUGGGCUGUGCCCUGAGGCCACUUUCACCAGCUGCCAUUCUGGUCAUGCUGGUUCUUAGAAACUGCUGUCUGUACAUACCUCCAGCCAGCACUGUUGCUGUAGGCAUGCACAAACCCCAGACAGACAUCCUUUUGUGGUUUGAUUUAGAAGGAGGAAGCCUGUGCUUUGCUUUACCCAGGAGGCAUUCAUUUUGUUACAGUUAAUUCUGUAAUAAGAAAGGAUCCCUCUGUGAUUUGCGCCACAGUCAAAGGGCUUCAGCUCACAACUCUGACUGCUGGUGUUUCCAGUGAAGCAGCAAGUGGCAUAGCUUGUUCUUGCUGUAAGACGCACAAAUCUAUUCUAUUAGAAGAUAGCUGAGGAGCUGUGUGAUUGUAUACAUUUAUCCAAAAACCUGACGUCUCAAUUUGAUACUGGGAUUUGCUAAGUAACCGUUUAAGAGAUUUCUUACUUAGUUAAAUGCCAAGGUGCUCUUGGCGAGAAAUGCCAAACCUGCUUCUGGACAGUUCAGCCUUCCGGAUAGAUUCUUCUUUUCUAACCCAAAGGAAGUAGCCCUAGAUUUUCAAAAUCAGUUUGUAAUUUUGGGUGAAUCUUCAGCAUUGCUUUGAAUUCAGGGGCCAUUUAGAGUAUUGUGCUGAAUAUUCAAAAUCAUGUAGUUCAUUUUAGGGAAAAAAAAAAUAUCGAUGUUUAUGUUUUGAUUCUUAAAUCCCAAGUGCAGAGAGAAAAUUUACCAACGUGUCAAGGGUACUUGGUGAAAAGAGAGCCAACUGACAUUAGCUAUGUAUUUCCUGAAGCAGGACUGACACUGUCAAGAUUUUUUUUUUCUGUUGUCUCUUCCUUUGGGCUCCUUUACCUCAAACUUCUUUUCUCUUUCCUCUCCCUCACCCCAUUGUCCUGUGUUUGCAUCUUGACUUACAGUGUUACACUUACUGUGUCUUUUCCUCCCUUUCAGUUCUGCUGCUGUUCCCUCUGUUAUAGUCUUGCAUGUGCACAGAAACAAAGUGUAUCUCUGCUGGUAAUUCUCUGCUCUGAACCUGAAAUUCACACCUUGGAGUGAUGAUCACCCUUCCUUUCAGUUCAUUUUUUUUCUUGCACGUUUUAAUUGAGUUCCUACCACAGCCUCACUUAGUACAUCAAGUGAGCAAUAGGCAGGCCCUAAUCAGCAUGCUAUAUGACAGAUUAAAUGGGGCUUUACUGCUGGUGAUUCAAGCACUAAAAAAAUUAAGUCUCUCUUUGUCUCUUCCAUUUCUUCCUGCAUUGUUUCGGCAGCCCACUUCCAGCCACUGCUCCCCAUCCUCCCUUGUUAGCGAGGCCUGCUCAUUGCCUACUCUGCAUCUUAGAGGCAGAGGGCAGACCUCUGCCCACAUGUCCUGAUCUGAGAGACUGUGGAGAUGUCAUUCCCGACUCUGCAUCUUUCUCUCAGCAUCUUUAGAGUGUUGGCAAAGGGCUGCACAGCCGGCACCUCCUAUACAAAGGCCUAGGUCCAGGAUAGAGACCUGCAGCAGAAAGAUGUGCUGCAGGUUGAUGAUUAAUUCUUUUGUAACUUGCAUGAAUUGUUACUUGUAGCCAAACCAGACCCAUAACUUUGCUGUUAAGAGAUUUUUGUCCCUUUUAUAGACUUCCGCAGGCUCACUUGAGCAUGUGUAUAGGCAAGAUGCUAGCAGACCAACUUACAAGCUUCUAUUUAGACCUCUGCUGUUUGAGUUUGAUGGUGUCCUGGUGCAGUGUGUGACAUCCCAUUCAUGGAUCCUUGUCCUGACUUCCAGCAUACCCGGGGGCCUCCUAUGCAGAGACAAGCCUGCCAGAGAAUACUGUGGGUUUGCUUGUCUUUAUUAUGCCAACAGAUGUGCACUGUGACUUCACGUAUGCAAACUUUCCACUUUCACCUCCCAGUCUGCGCUGAGUUUUACCAUCGCGCUCACCUGGAGUCCAAGUUGGUCUCUGUCUCUACCAGAUUGCAAUACAGAUUUUCUCCUCCUUUCCAGCAACCAAGGAGCUGCAGCCUCUCCACACACCUCUUCUUGUCCGUAUUCCAGAACAGGAACACUUUAACGUGUCACACUGCACUUCUGAAUCUGCUUGCUGAAACUGUUCUUGGAAGGGUAUUUGGUGACCUUGUCCAAAGCAAUAUAAAGACUUUGGAUUUUAUUGCUGAAGAGGGAAGACAACCAACUUCUUCAUUCUGGUGCUAGAACACUCUCCAGUGGUGCUUUCACGGUUGUGAAGCCUUCGCUUGAAUAGUACACACGAGUAUACGUGUGUAUGUGUGUGCAUGCAUAUGUAUAAAAACAUUUGGAGGGUUUCUUCAUUUCAAAAGAUCUGAGCCCAUGUUUGUCUUUAUAUUGUUGGCCUUAAUCUAGCUCUUAGAUACUGUGUCUAUCUUGCUGCUGUUUUCUAUAUGAAGCUGGUUUGGAGGAAACAAAAGAUUAUCUGGUCCCCCUGUAAAAAUCUUUGUGACUGAUGAUGUUAAUCUUCGUACAGUGUUGUUCAGGGGUGAGAUUUUAUUUUUCUAAUAUUUUUCCUACUGUAAAAGCUGUUGGAGUGUAUGGAAUGGAAAAGAUCUUUACAAAAUGGUCUGAUAAGGAUUUGAGCAUUACUUAAUAAUACCAACAAUUAAAUGAUCAGGUGGGAUAUAAUAUAAAUGAGCUCCAUUUCCGGACCUUUUCCAUUACCUACCUUCCCCUGAAGAUGCCCACGUACUUUUUCUUUGGAUAUGGGCUUGUUAGGCACGUUCUGAGACCUUACAGAGACUUUCAAUGAUUUUGCUGUUCCGAAUUGGGAAGAAUUUGGAUUCUAGAGUCUGGUUCCAGUUCCGCAGUCUGGGUAGUUUGGCAGAUGUGACAAAUAUUAUGCACGUGUGACAAAUAUUAUGCACAUAUCUAUUUGAUGGGAUAGAGAGAAUUGGUAGAACGAGCUGCUGAUUUCUGAAGGUCGUCAUAUCUUUUUACAUAAAAUAUUAGGCAUGAAAUUGGUCACUGUGGCAAUGUGGAAAAAAACCUCAUUGCUGGCAUAUGUAGGCCAGAUUCACUGAAUUUUAGGCUGUCUGCUCAAGCAACAAAUGUGGCCUGUGAAUGUUUUAUUCCCACUCCUCCUUCUUGGGUGAUGGGAACAUCUGUAAAACACUGCUGAACUGACUGGGUUCCUUAAAACAGGGCAGCUGGAAUCAACGGCUUGUGUUGCCUGUGGAUGCUGCUAUAUUUUUUCUUCCAAGCACCAUUCCUGGAAAUAACUAUGGUCUUAAUCUCUCUCACAGACAUUUGUUAGAAGGCUAGAAAUGGCCAAUUUGGCCAAUACUUUUUUUCAUUUUUUAAAAAUAUACAUUGCAUCCAGAAGUUAUCAUCGCUGUGUCCUGUGGUGGGAGUAAGGCACAGAGUACUUCUGGAUGGAGUAGGUAUCUAGAGAGGGCGAGGAGGACAAUUUUGAGUCCUAAACCUUAUUUCCUGUGAAAGAAAUACUGUAUGUCAUGUGUGUAAUACUUGUUUGGGGAGCUCUAACACUGUACAGUUUAGUUAAAUGCCCUCCGAGGGAGGAGCAGCUGUUCCUCAGAGGUUUUUAGUUCAUGCUUUGUGUUUGAAGAGGAAUAUUUUUCUUUAAAAAAUAAAAAAAAUGUUUAAGUUUUCA